AUGAUUAACAUUAUUACAUGUACAAAUUAACAUCAAUACUCAUUUUAUUCAAACUCAUUAUUUAUAUUCAUAUGCAUCGAAAAUUAAAUAUAUAAAUAGCCCAAUCGAUUUGUUAAUUUUACAAUAUCAAUAUUCUAUGCUAUUUCUGUACUUUAACUUAGUAAUUUAGCUAUUGAAUCGAUUGCUCUUUAUUAUCCAAUUUUAGAAUUAUUUAUUUCAAUAUGUUUUUAUCAUUCUGUAUUUGAUUUGUUAAUUUAAAUAUAUUCAUAUGCAUAAUAUUUGCUUUCUGUAAUCAAAACCCAUUUUGAUGAAGGAGUUAAGAAUAUUUUCUUAGGAUCUAAUAAGUAACUUUAUCUACUAAGAUUCUUUCAAUAAUCUUAUUUUUAGAGUGUGAGUAUUCAAUAAGAAUCAGAACAAUAUUAAUAAAGACAUUUUCUUAUCAAAUUUAAUUUUUAACUCAUGUAAAAUUAUUUGAGUAAACUGUUUGAAUUUUUAGACCUUUACCACUUGAACUCCAUGUUUAACUAUCUCCUAUAUUCCUCCUUUGAUGGGGCUAUUUAGAAAAAUGAGAUUACAGGUAGAUUAUGUAUGCUCCAAUUAUUUUUGAUAUUUAGUGAAUUUCACCAAUAAUUGAAUAAAUUCUUUUACUCCAAUCAUUAUAUUACUUAUUGA